CCUUUGUUAUCAACUUCCUCUUGUAGACGGCGCUGUAAGACAUUCGCCAUUUUUCAUCGAUCAUGCAUCGAGGUGGAUUCAACAAAAAUGCUAAUAGCAAUUCUAGAAAUGAAGCUGGGAAGCUUUUUAUUGGUGGAUUGAGCUGGGAUACUGAUCAAGAUUCCCUGCUGAACUACUUCAGUCAGUAUGGAGAGGUCAUUGACUGUGUUGUUAUGAAGAAUCAGCAGACGGGAAAGUCCCGAGGAUUUGGAUUUGUCACAUUUAAUGAUGCAGAGUGUGUUGACACAGUGUUAUCUGCAUCUCCACAUAGUAUUGAUGGCAGACAGGUUGAUGCCAAGCCUUGCAACCCCAAAGCUGCAAACAAGGGCCCCAGAGAGGGUGGUGGUGGUAGAGGACAUGGGGGUGGGGGAGGAGGAGACAAGGACAGGAAGAUCUUCAUGGGAGGGCUACCUAAUGUUGAUGAAGACUUCCUAAGAAACUUCUUUGGAAAGUAUGGAAAGGUUUUGGAUGUCAACAUCAUGAUUGACCAACAAAACAAAAAGUCAAGAGGCUUUGGAUUUUUAUCCUUCGAGUCGGAAGAAGCUGUAGAUCAAGUUUGUGCAGAACAUUUUAUAAACAUCAAUGGAAAACAGGUGGAAUGUAAACGUGCCGAGCCAAGGGAUGGAAGAGACAACAAGCAGGGAUUUGGACGACGGGGUCAGGACAUGAUGGGGCCCCCUCAUGGAAUGGAUGGAGGCUGGAACCAAGGAGGGAACUGGAACCAGGGCCCACCCCAACAUGGACCGCCCCCUGCAGGGCCCCCCAUGGGAAACAUGGGAUUCCCCCCUCAAGGUUAUCAACAGCAACCUCCACCUGGGCAAGGAUUUCCCCCUCAGCAAGGACCACCUCCACAGGGUCCCCCUCAACAGCCCAAUUAUCAGGCAGGAUACCAGUCACCCCCGGGGUACCAGCAAGGAGGAUGGAAUGCUCAGCCUCCUAAUGCUUCACCAGGACAACAAGGUAAAAAUCUGAGAGUUGGAGACUGUGCAGGCCAGCUCAUGUUCUUAAUGUGGUUUCUGGCAAUAAAAUCCUGUGUAACACGAGAGCGAUGUACGGGGGCAAAGGGUGAAAGAAGCAAAAAUAAAACAAGCCGGAAAAUUUCCCUGUAUAUGAUGCUUUACAUGUAUUUCACUUGUUAUAAGGCAUUGCUUAACUUUGUAGACACACAGCAGUCUUAUUCUGCAUAUGGUGCUCCUCAACCCGGUUAUAGCCAGCCCCCCACUACUGCAUACUCUCAGUGGGGAUCCACAGGAAACACACCAGUGGCACCACAGCCUGCCACCGCCCAACCCACCACCCAGCAACCAGCACAACCCAGUUAUAACCUGUAUGGACAGCCACCUGCUGCUGCUGCUGCUCCAGCAACACCUGGGUAUACUGCAGCCCCAGGAACACAGACUUACAGUUCACAUUACAAUGUAGCAGUAGCAGAUCCUGCCCAGCCUGCUGCCCCUACCACUGCCCAGACAGGAUACAGUGGCUAUAACCCUUAUGGAGCCCCACAGGCACCUGCCUCCUCAGUUCCUGAUCCAUAUGCUGCUAAUUCACAGCCAGCCACUGCACCAGGAGCACAGGUUCCCAUGGGAGUCCCUGACCCAUAUGCCCAACCUCCAGUAGCACAACCUACCACUAACCCUGGGUAUGGUGAUCCUCCAGGUUUUGGUGUAGCCCCUCAGCCAGCCCCAGCGUACGGAGGACAGGGAGACGGACAGGUGGGAGGAUACGCAGCCCAACCAGGCGGGGGGUAUCAGAGAGCCUCCGUGCCCUCGACACAGGCAGCCUACCAUCCUUAUAGAAGAUAGGGGCAUUAGUUCCAGUGAAAUGUCAUUUUAUACUGUUUUAUAUACAGUGUGUAGACGCUGCCCAGGGCUAAGAAAUCACUUUGUGGUUGAUUCCAAUUGAUGACAUUGUCGUCAUUGCUCAUCUAGCGAAAUUAAAUAAUUCAUUCUUUUGUUAUCGUGAACAUUUGUGUUGUAAUAUCUUCUUGUUAAUAAGGUUUUUUAUGUUCACGGUGCUGUUUUAAAUGUUUCAACAUACUGGUAUUUUAGAUAUAACAAAUGAAAUACUAUUUUACUGAAAUGGUCGAAAAGUGGCAUAAAUGACAAAUUUCUGCUAAUUUUAAGUCAGUCAAAAUAGGCAGCUAGUUUGUAAUAUUCAUCAAAGCUGAUGAAUUCAAAAGUUGUUCAUAUUCAAUUCAUUUUCUUAGAAAUGUAUAUGUAUGCUCUCACACGAGACUUGAAAACUUUUUUUUUCAUUAAAUGUGCAUAAGUAUA